AUGAUAAUCUUUCUAAUGAUUCUAAGUAAUGUGAUGUCAAUCGUUGGAAAAAAUAUGAUGUGGAAUGACUCUCUUCUCAAUCUCAAUAUCUCAGGCAACAAGCUUCGACGAGAUACCAGAGCGAUAGAUAGAGCAUCCAGGGAUUACGGUAAGAUCGCAAAUAUAAGGCCCGACGCGGUCCUGUAUCCAACGUCAGUCAAUGACAUUGUCAAUCUAGUGAAAUUAUCUUACAAUUCAAAGCGCCCAUUUGGGGUGGCGGCGAGGGGUCGCGGACACUCGGUAAGGGGGCAGGCCAUGGUGAAAAAAGGGGUGGUAGUGGAGAUGACUUCCUUAAAUACUGUCACUAGAGGGAGUAGAAUUAGGAUUGUAAAUGAUCCAAGAUUAGGGCUUUAUACCGAUGUUGGUGGUGAACAAAUGUGGAUUGAUGUUCUUUAUGCAACUCUCCAACGUGGUCUUUCACCAGUUGUUUGGACCGAUUAUCUUUACCUUACUGUCGGUGGCACACUCUCUAAUGCCGGGCUUGGUGGCCAAGCUUUUCGUCAUGGUCCACAAAUUAGUAAUGUAUUUGAAUUAGACGUUAUAACAGGGAAAGGAAGGCUUGUGACAUGUUCGAACACUUAUCGUUCAGAACUCUUUUAUGCUGUUCUCGGAGGUCUAGGCCAAUUUGGGAUCAUAACUAGGGCAAGGAUUCGUUUGGUUAAGGCUCCAACAAAGGUGAAAUGGGUGAAACUGAUGUACUCUGACUUCUCAGCCUACAUUAGGGACCAAGAGAAUCUCAUAACUUCGAAUGAUGAUGGGUUGAAUUAUGUUGAGGGUUCUGUAAUUAUGGAUUAUAGUCAUCCUAUUAGUUGGGAAACUUCAUUCUCUCCCAUUGAGGUAUCAAGAAUCAAAACAUUGCUAACCCAACACAAGAUUCUCUACUGCAUUGAAGCAAUCAAGUAUUAUGGUUACGCCCCUACAUAUUCUAAUAUCAGUGAGACUGAAGUGGACAAUUUGUUCCAAGGCUUGAGCUAUGUUCCCGGGUUUAUCUUCAAGAAAGAUGCAUCAUACUUUGAUUUUCUCAAUAGGGUACAUGUAAAAGAGAUAGCGCUUCAACCCUUAGGGCUAUGGAAUAUCCCUCAUCCGUGGCUAAAUAUGUUUAUACCGAAAUCGAGUAUAAUGAACUUCAACCAAAGAGUAUUAGUCGAUUUCAUACACAAACAAAAUAAAUCAACGGGGCCAAUCCAUGCCUACGCAACUAGGCGAAACAAGUGGGAUGAUAGGAUGUCAGCUGUUACACCGGAUGGAGAGAUCUUCUACUUCGUGGGAUUAUUGCAUGCAGUUGUGGAUGGUGACUGGAAAUCAAGGGACAUUCUGAACAAAGAAGUAUUAGGGUUGUGCAAGAAACUUGGAAUUGAAGUUAAGGAAUAUCUUUGGAAUCAAAAAACCAAGGAUGAAUGGAUUCGUCAUUUUGGUCCGAAAUGGAGGAUUUUUGCUCAGAGGAAAGCUCUGUUUGAUCCAAAAAAGAUAUUGUCACCCGGACAAAACAUUUUCAAUUAA